AUGUGGCGAGCACAUAUUCGUGGCCUACUCCCGUUUCGCACCUUGGUCACCAGUAUGACCGCCUUAGCUGAGGUCCCCUGGUUGGAUGAUGAUGUAAUACCACCACCCCCAGAUGACGAUGACAAGGAGGUUACUAUUCCUUGGGGUGGUUGGGUGCACGAGAAGCCCCCGGCUAGACGCCGAUCUAGGGCUAGAGCAGUGGUCGGGACGACUGGACCUUCAGCAGCCCCGUCCUCUUCUACAGCAGCAGCUCCAUCUUCUUCGACAGCCCCUUCUUCAGCAACUGAGCCGACUUACCUACUGAUCAUGCGCCGACUGGAUCGGAUGGAUCAGACACUCAUCUCCCUGGGCACUGAGUUACCUCCGCUCCCAGACUCUCCGGCCUCCGAUGAGCAGGAUCAUCAGGAGGAGGAUGUUGAUGAGCCGACUCAGCAGGAUGCACCUCCAGCUGCUCCUGACGCCACAGAGAUUCAGCAGCCCCAUGAGGAGCCGGUCCCACAGCCUCAAACAGAGUCAGCACCUACCGGUGUCCCUACCCCUGAUCCUCAGGUUUAG